CAUUCAAAAUUUAAAAAUUUCGAUUGGGACGAAAGAAAGCGCGGGUGGGAUGACUCGAGACGGAGAACGAUUACUGACUCAUAACAAAAUACAGUAUAUGCAAAAUGCUUUUUCGCUUUUAGACCGAAACAAAGAUGGAAAGAUUGACUUGAAAGAUUUGGAUAUCAUUUCUAAUGUCUUCAAGGAUAUCAGUAGAGACAAGGUGGAAGAAGCCUUGAGGAUUGCGGACUUGGACGAAGACGAAAAUUUGGAUAUUUUCGAAUUUCAGGCUCUUAUCGCAAAGACUUACGAAACUGAAUCUCAAAGAAAACUAGAAGUGGCAUCUCUUUGCUCUUUUCUUCAAGGCGCCAAAGAUAACGAAAUAUCCAUUGCAACACUGGCUUCCAUUAUAUGUCAAAUGGAUAGCGAAAUGACAAAGGCAAAGGCAGAAGAAAUGUUACAAAGUGUUUUUCCUGGAAAACAAACAGUCAAAAUGGAAGAGAUAUAUGAGUUGUUUCCUUAAAUGGGUUUAUUACAAAAGAAC